AUGAUCUCCAGACAAAUUAUCCUGAAAUUCCGGACUGGAAAUAAUUUUCCCAAGUUUUUUACCCCAAUAUUCCAAAAUCGAUUAUUCUCCACUGAUCCAGCAGACAGUUUGGUCGAUAAAAUGGUGUCAUCGACAUUCAGCCACGUGGCAAGGUGCCAGCCGGAUAGUUUCAGUACACAGGAGAAGAUGAGCAAGGUUUUGGCACCAAGGACCAUUGAUCAUAGUUAUCGCAAGUUUGUCAUCCCAUUGAGCACCGACACCAACAAACAAAAAGAGUACCUGAGCGCAGCUGGAAGUGUCCGAUUGGGUAAAAUCCUAGAGGAUCUGGAUCAUAUGGCUGUCCACGUGGCGUAUGUGCACAAUUCGGAUGGUGGAUCUCUCGAUGAGCCAAUGACACUUCCACGGACAAUUGUGACGGCGUCAGUUAAGAGGAUCGAUUUGAACAAGGUUGACAUCCAUCCAUCUCGAGACAUCAUCAUUGAUGGUCAAGUGACCUAUGCUGGCACUAGCAGCAUGCAAGUCUGCCUCAGAUUGUUCCAGAACGAUGAGAGCGAAAAUUUAAACCACUUGCUCAAAGCCGAGUUUAUUAUGGUUGGUCUUAAGUUUUUUCAGGUCCCAUUCCCAUGUUUUCAGGUAUCCCGUGAUCCUCUCGAUGGUACAAAAAGUGUUCGUGUACAUGGGCUAACGGCUAGAACUCCAGAUGAGGCGGAGACGAUGCACAAAGCCAAGGAGCACUUCAGAAGACUAGGGAGCCCUGGACAACCUACAAUGGAGGAGUUCCGAGUUAUACAUGAUAUGUAUAAUGAGCUGGUUGGGAGAAGUAUGGUUCAUGAUGUGGCGGUUUUGUCAGAAUCCGAGAUGUGGAUGCAUAAAACGAACCUAUCAGUGACUGAAAUCUGCUUCCCUGAAUAUCAGAACAUGUACGGGAAGAUUUUUGGAGGAUUUCUGAUGAGAAAAGCGCUGGAACUCGCCCACACAAACGCCAAACUCUAUUGCAAAGGACGUGUCGCGAUUCGAUCGAUGGAUCAGAUUGAAUUCAAGAAACCUGUUGAAAUUGGACACGUUCUGCACUUUGAUUCGUUCGUAACUUAUACAGAUGGAAAGUAUAUCCAGGUUAAAGUGGCUGCAUCGAUUUCGGAUCAGCAUAAAUUGCCAGAAUUGGCGAAACUGAAUCAUCCGACACUUGGAGAAGAGGCCCGCGUCAACACGAACGUCUUCAACUUCACCAUGGAGAGUAUGGACAAUCCGAAUGUGUUGCGGGUGGUGCCAAAACACUAUGUGCAUACGACAAGCUAUCUGGAGGGACGACGUCUUCUGAAUAAUACGUUGAAACGGAUUGUGAAUUAA